AUGGGAUAUACUCACCAUAGCCAACAAAAGCCCUACUGGGAGAGCCAAAGGAUGAAGAGGCAGCACUACCUCAAUGGUGUAUUUUUCAGCCGCGUAGUCAUCAGUCAAUAG